AUGUUUAAGCUAGUUAGUAAGAUAAGACUAGGAGAGGUUACGUACAAGACGGACGUAUUCAGAAAAUCUUUAAACCCAGCUUGGAACUCUGAAUGGUUUAGGUUUGAGUCGGACGACCUAGAAUUGCAGGAUGAACCCCUCCAGGUCCGAAUAAUGGACUACGACGCCUACUCCGCCAAUGAUGCUGUGGGUAAGGUGUACAUAGAUCUGAACCCUCUCCUUCUUCCUUCAUCAACAUCCUGCAGCCAGCGUACAGCUAAUGUUAGUGAUAAACUUGCAGUCUCUACUCUUCCAGGUGGAUCUAUGAUGUCAGGGUGGGUUCCAAUAUUUGACACGAUGCAUGGAAUUCGAGGCGAGCUGAAUCUGAUUGUCAAGGUUGAGCUGUUUUCAGAUCUGAACAGAUUUCGUAAAUCGUCCUGUGGUGUGCAUUUCUUUCGCACUGCUGAAGUACCUGAAGGAUACAAGAUUCAGUUUCUACCUGGAUUUGUUGAAGAGCUGGUAGCUAACGAUGAUCCAGAGUAUAAAUGGAUUGAUAAGAUCAGAACUCCACGAGCAUCUAAUGAAGCUAGACAGCUUUUAUUUAUGAAGUUGUCUGGAGAAGUUAGAAGAAAGAUAGGACUGAAAACUCUUGAACUGGGAGCAAAUGCUGUUAUUGGAUACAAACAGUUCUUUGAUCUAGAAGGGGAAAGUGGGAUUGUUGUCAGGGGAAUAGGUACAGCUGUGACGUUAACUCGUGUUCAGCAAGGGGAAAGUUCUAACUCCCAGUUAAGUCCUGGGGCGAUGAACCAGAGUAUAAAUUCCCCUCGAUGCUCAAGAGAAAAUUCGGCUGGAAAAGAGUCAGUAUCCAGCUUAUCCAGUCCACUGCUAAAACCCUCUAGAUUGCACACUGUAGCAAGCUGUAGUAAAGAACCUACAGGCCCAUCUCUUCGCUUAAUUCCACCCACUCCAGUUGAUCUAAACCCACCAACCUUAGUUUUCAAUACCUCUAACAUGACAGCAGAACAAGCCUUAAAAGUGCGAAAGUUAAACUUGGUUGGUUUUAGUGAGAAUCCAGCCCAAGACUAUGAAAUUCAGUCAUCUCGGAAUAAUUCCAUUCAUUCUGAGGGUUCUUCUAAAACUCCCACAGCUUCUACUUCUGGUAUCUCACAAUUUGCUCCAAUAAGCCUUGCCUCUGGUAGUGAGUUCAAGACACCUUCAUUGUGGUCAGGUUCAGUUAAAACUGCCAAAAGGGUGAUUCGCUCAUCAUCCGAAAGAUAUCAGAAAAGUGAAUAUUCUAUUCAUAAAAAGGCUUCUGUUCGCCUGCUUAAGAAGAAAAAGCUUGUUAGAAACCAUUCAGCAGAUGAUACCCCAUCUGAACCUAGUCCCAUUUCUUCCAAGCAAAAGAAAAACAGUUUUAAAAAAGUCCUUGACAAGAUUAAAGGGGUUCAAAAAAUUCUAAACCCCGAGCUUGAAGCUCCUAAGGGGCAAAAUGACUUUUUGGAACAUUUUGACAAAAUAUCCGACACAAAAUUUGUGGAGAAUUGGCUGAUGAGUAUUGAUGAUGACUCAGCUAAAGUUGAAAUUGAGGAUUCUGAACAAAUUGUGGAUGAAGGUAAUUGUAGUUUAAAGGAUAGUACUUUAGGAACAUUAAAUAGAGUAUUACUGUUAGAAAGACAAGUAUCAAAUGAUUCCAAAAGAUCUGUAGAUACUCAUGAUACAGGAGAAAACUCGGAGAUAACUGCUUUAAACACAGUUCAUAAUUCUAAUCCUAAAUUUACUUCCGAAGGGGACACCAUCAGAAAUAAGAAUGCCUCAGGUGUUUUUAGACCUAUUCCGUCUGAAAACAUUGAGGUUGCUUCAAGUUCUUCAAAUGAAAGUGACUAUUUGGAAAUGCAUAAAUGUUCCGAAAAUGAUCUUAUUCUAAAUAAUGUAGAUCCUGUUGAUGAACAUGAUAGAAAUGUGGAAGGAUUAACCAGUGAAAACUAUUAUGUUUACAACCAUAUUGUAAAAAUCUCUAAGAAAAAUGCAAAUCUGAAUAGUAAGUUUGACACAGCUAAGAAAAAUAAUGUGAACUUUGUUGGUGAGUUUGGUGAAGUUGUUGGUCAGAACAGCGGGACCAACUCCAGUAAUGAAUUAAACCCUUUGAAAAGCAGAGAUGGUACCUUCUGCAUAGAUGAGAACUUGAUAUCUAGAAUUGGAAGUGAAGAAGUAAAUGAACAGUUCUCUAAGAUUCAUAUUGAUUAUUUGAGUAGGGUUCCUUUAUAUCCUGAGGGGAAAGGAGAGGCUUGGUUAGAAUCCCCUCCAGCCAAUGGUUCUAUUUUAAACUCAAGUUUGAGUACAACCCAGCCUCUGGUGCAAUCCCCCUCCCUGACCACAGGACCACCCCAAAACAUGACCCAGGGGACCCUCAACAGCACAAUAUGGACACCAGCUGCACUCAAACCUCCCAGAGAGACUAUUAUUUAUAGCAAAAUGUUGGAAACUGAUAUAGGAGCAAGCAUGAGUGGAGGGAGUGGAAGCUCAGAGAGAAUAGUUUCUAAACAGCAAAUUAAGAACAACACUGCUGAUAUGUGUGAAUAUCCUUUUCUAACCCUAACCAGCUUCCCCCCGGGAUUCCUGGCUCACAUUGGGGGUAUGGUCAGCGCUAAAUCUGUCAAGUUGCUGGAGGAGCUGGAUGAUAGAGAAGAUGGAGACACUAGGGAAGCCUGGUGGACUGAGAUAAGACAAGAGAUUAGGUCCCACGCACAAGCUCUUGGAUGUAAUGUUAUAGUUGGAUACCAAGAAAGAUCAGUGAUAUGUGAUGACGUCAUUAUUCUAAGCGGAUCAGGAACAGGGGCUGUUUCUAAUAUAAGUAUGGUAGGAGAUGCAGAUUCUUCUGUGGAAGCCGGUCUUGAAAACAAAUAUCAGGGAGAAUGUCAUCUCUGCCAUAUACCUUACCUAGAAUCCAGUGUUCCUUUCCCGAUUAAACUAGGACGAUGUAAUGUUUUCUUCUAUAAAGGACGAUGUCAUGUUUUCUUCUAUACAGGACGAUGUAAUGUUUUCUUCUAUACAGAACAAAAUGUUUUCUUCUAUACAGGACGAUGUAAUGUUUUCUUCUAUACAGGACGAUGUAAUGUUUUCUUCUAUACAGGACGAUGUAAUGUUUUCUUCUAUACAGAACAAUCAAGCGAAGAUCAAAAUGCGGAGCAUGGAGACAAAAUGGCAGAGGCUCGGAGACUUAGCGAGAGGUACGGAGACGGUUUCGAGGGACCUGGAGGUCAUUCUGAAAGUCUGGAGUCAUUUAUUUUAAUGUCAAUUGUUUCAAAUAUUAAAAUUGAAAAAUACAUUCUACUUGUUCAGCUUGAGAUAUCAGGACGAGGAGGGAUGCUACAAGCUCGAGUUCUCAAGUUAAAAAAGGAUUUAAAAAAUGAAAACAAUGCCAGAGAAGUAUCCGAUGCUCUUCCUUUCCUUGAAUACGAGAUACAUAGACAGAUAGUUAAUAAACUUAAGGUUACAGGCAUGAAUUCUAUCUUUGGUUUAGAGAUAAAUCUGGCUUUAAGUGAGAGAACUAUAGUUGCCAUUGCUACUGGUACAGCAGUGUAUCUAGCUGCUCUCCCUGCUCCCUCACUACCCAAGAUAACCUCAAGUUCGAAUAUGUUCACUGAUCAGAAUCAACUGAAUAAAGUGCAGUCUAGGCUCAUAGAGAGAGUUCAGGCGAAUAAGAAGUACUACGGUAUAGAGGACGUAAAGGAUAAGGAGGACAGUGUACUAGAACUAGAGGAUAUUGGACUAGAUAUGGAACUCACAAAUGGAAACAAGGAGACCUGUGUCCUCGAGGUUGAUGAUUCGGAGGAUGCGGACAUAGUGGAUGGCCUCCUAGAUAUAAAACCUCCACAAGGGAUGCAGGUAAUAACAGUCAAAACUCCAAUUGGAGUAAAUAUCAGCCAGCCAGUAUCCUACUGUCAAACCUUUACUCAAGUAUACAGAGGGAAACAGACCCUAAACUCCAGGGAUCUGGGUUUAGCAGCUCAGCAUCUGUUCAGCUCAAUGUGUUUUAAACUAAGAAAACUGAGACCCUGUCUAGUCUCCAGUCUACAGUGGGAUCUGAAGAUGGAUGAAGAAAAUGAACUUCAACUCAAUAUUUCAGGAGUUGUGUUGAGCCUUCACUUAGAUGAUCCGCUACAGUUAGAGAAACGAGAAGGAUUGAAGGAUGAAGGAGAUCUCAUGUUUAAACUAGAUUGUAUCCAGCAGCAGCAGGAUAUAGAGAACAACAGUUCAGCAGAUGUUCUUGUACCUCCAAUGAAUGAUGUGUUCAAGGAAUCCAAGAACAAGAUAAAACCAGCUAAACUUCCUAAAUUCUUCUUGGCAAAAGAAAAAGAAAUGUUCGGAAUAAAUGUUACCCCUCUCCCCUUUAUUCCUGGAGCUAGAAUAGAACAUCAUUUAGGAAAUCUUAAUUUCUUCUUUAUCCGUGAGAGCACUAGUGUUAGAGAGCUUGGAGGGAUCUCUAAGUUUGUUCAAGGAUUUAUGUCCGAAGUAUUGGGUAUACUGAGAGCUCAUGUAGCUGCACUAGGCGGAAAUGCAGUUACAUCCUACUUCAUGUCCGAGUGUGUGUUAAACAACUCGACGCACAAAAAUCAGGCACAGUGUCUGAUCAAUGUUGGUGGGGACUGUGUGGUUGCAACCUAUGUACCACCUGAAUAGUGAAUAGUACUGUACAACUGUACAGUUGACUUGUACAAACACAUAUUUAUUCUACAGAUAAAUUGCUCGAAAACAUUUUGUAAACUUCUGAUCGUUGUAUUUCCACUUUCCAAUUUCCAGUGCCUUGUUGUUGACUGCCAUGUUGUAUUUUGUUUUUUGUAUACAGGGUGUCCCACGAAACAUGACAGUAGCAAGACGUCUUGAACGUCGUCUUUGAUUUUUGAUAUAAUUUGCUGCAUUUGUUUGUCAACCUAAUUUUAAAGUAAAAUUCUACAGAUGGUAAUCACAAAAUAGCUCCUAGUACUGAAAUUUCCAAAUUGUGGUAUGCCUUUUUUUGCUUUCAACAUUACCCGAGAUAUGAAGAAUUUCGUUCAAAUUGCGACA